AGAAAAUAAUACUUUAUAUUCCGAUGUACUAGCAGUUAUGUACUCCAUACUUAUACAAUCUUUGUUGGAUAAAAAGAAACGGCAUGUACUUGUAUCACAUCACAUGAUUUCAUAUAGCCUGGUCUUCAAGAUGUGGCUGAUGAAAGAUUCAGUGGCUGGUGUUGCUGCUGAUAUCAGCUACCUUAACUACCUUGUUAGACCCGCAACAAGCUCCCUCGUACUAGCCACCGUCACCACUUGAUCAUCGUGUUGUGUCUUGAAUCUGUAUAUUUUGCAUCCACCGACAUUUCUUGUUCUCCAUUCAGAAGCAAAUUCAGAAACAACUCGCAAGAAUCACUGACCUGGGGCCAACGACAUAUAGCUAGCUCUCUGAGAACCUAUUCCCGUGAUUGACGCCUUGUUGUGGCCAUACCAAGGAGCGUCAUUGCAUCAUGGCGCUCGACAACUAUUAUCGCAACAAGGUCGAGGGCAUGAAACUUGAGAUAAUUCAUGGCCAGGCAGUCUUACGAAGACUGGAAGCGCAACGCAACGACUACAAUUCGAGAGUGCGCUUACUUCGAGAGGAGCUGGGCCUGCUCCAGCAGCCCGGUUCCUAUGUUGGGGAGGUAGUAAAAGUCAUGAGCACCAAGAAAGUCCUCGUUAAAGUGCACCCCGAAGGCAAAUACGUGGUGGAUAUCGCCGACGGAGUUGAUAUCAGCAAACUAACUGUGGGAAAGCGGGUCGCCCUCCUGUCCGACUCAUAUAAGCUGGAAAAAAUGCUGCCCUCGUCUGUUGACCCGCUAGUAUCCCUAAUGAUGGUAGAAAAGGUGCCUGACAGCACCUAUGACAUGAUCGGUGGGCUUGACCAGCAGAUAAAGGAGAUCAAGGAAGUUAUCGAGCUUGGCCUAAAGCACCCAGAGUUGUUCGAGUCGCUUGGUAUCGCACAGCCUAAAGGAGUUCUUCUUUACGGACCGCCAGGAACCGGCAAGACACUACUUGCCCGAGCAGUAGCCCAUCAUACCGACUGCCGGUUUAUCAGGGUGAGCGGGUCAGAACUGGUGCAGAAAUACAUUGGUGAAGGAAGUCGCAUGGUCCGCGAGCUAUUCGUAAUGGCUCGAGAGCACGCUCCUAGCAUCAUAUUCAUGGAUGAGAUCGACAGCAUCGGAUCUAGUCGGAUAGACUCGGCGGGCUCAGGUGAUUCCGAGGUGCAGCGAACGAUGCUGGAACUCCUCAAUCAGUUGGACGGAUUUGAGCCCACCAAAAACAUCAAAAUUAUCAUGGCUACCAACCGGCUCGAUAUCCUAGACCCGGCAUUGUUGCGCCCUGGUCGGAUUGACCGGAAGAUUGAAUUCCCACCACCGUCGGUGGAAGCUCGUGCCGACAUCUUGCGAAUUCACUCUCGAUCAAUGAAUUUGACACGAGGCAUCAACCUAACGAAGAUUGCAGAGAAGAUGAAUGGGUGUUCUGGAGCUGAGCUCAAGGGAGUGUGCACUGAGGCGGGCAUGUAUGCUCUUCGGGAGCGAAGAGUACACGUUACCCAAGAGGAUUUUGACCUGGCCACUGCCAAGAUCCUCAACAAGCACGAUGACAAGGAAAUUGCUGUCUCCAAGCUUUUCAAGUGAAGCUCGGAAAUAAUGUGACUCUGCCAGUUUUUAUAGUGUACUGCAGGAAGCAGUGCAUAGUGUUACCUUCUAUUGCUUCUAUGAUGAUCACCCCAGUCAUACUCUUAUACAUGUGCACACAUAGUAAAAACUUAUGGGUUGCUUUCUCUUUCCAAGAGUGAUACGAUGUGGGUGGUAGUCUCCUGUCCGCGUGCAAAACUUCUGUAAAGGCCCCAAGCAGGCACAAUAUGUAUCAAUCUGUGGUUGCAUGUUUAGCUGUGGUCUUCUUCUAUAAUUAUCUAACACAUCCAUAUCCUGGUG